CCUUUUCUUCUUCUUCCAUUCUCACCCUUUCUUUGCAUACACACAUCACAUCAACUUAUCAAGGAUUUUGGUAUUCUUCUUUCCUACAACUGGCAUUAUUCUCUUUGCUGAACUAUCUUUUUUCUACAUCAUUGUUCUCUGCAUUACUGUCCAAGCCUCCCCCGUUCGUGAGAAGAAUCUUUUCAGUUCAGCACUCUACAUCAAUCUCUUUGCCUAGAGGCAUAACAACCUACCUUUCUCUAUCCUGAAGACUUCUUAUAACUCAUUCAAGUCAUAUUCACUGUGAAAAUAUCUUUCAUUGUUUAUUUAUAUGCCUCAUCGGACGCCCAUUGGUGUCACUAUUUCCAUUCAAAAUCGUAUCCGUUCCUUCCGUUCUAAAUCAUCGAGUGCCUCAACAAUCAUUUCUUCUUCGCGUCAAAAAGAUCCAAACGAUACCAUAAGCCGCAAGUUUAUCUUCAGAAUGACUCACCCCUGUUCAUCAAAACGAGACUCUGCUAUCAAUCUGUCUAAGGAGAGUCUCCUUGAUUACCAUGAUGGUGCUUUUAUGCCUCAAGGAGAUGGAUGCUCUUCUAGCAAGGCAGCAAAUGAUGAAGAGGAACGCGCCGUACAAGUAGUCGAAGCAGGACUCGCUGCAGCAAGCGACCCAAAGACAGCAAUGCCAUCAUUCUUGAAGAUUUCACAUGAUGAAAUGAAGGAAAAAUAUGCUCUAUUGACGAAAGCAGAAGAAGAUCGUUUGGCUAGCAAAGAUGAUCCCAAGUGGGCGAGAGAAGAACCGGAUCGUGAACUCGAUCGUUACGCCAACGUACAUCCAUGGGCUGCCAACCGUAUCAGACUUAUCGUCCCCGAAGGUUAUAACGAUUACAUUAACGCAUCCCCUGUUACUUUGACAUCUACUGCAGAGAAGCAAAGUACGAUGAAGAAAGGUCUUCAAGAUAAGUACAUUUGUAUGCAAGGUCCGAAGUCUCAAACUGUCGAUCAUACCUGGCAUAUGAUGUGGCAUUCAAUCUCGGUACCAGAUAAUGCAGCACCUGGUGUCAUCAUCAUGCUUAGUCCUCUUGUCGGACCCAAUCCUGCCAAGCCUGACGAGAUGAUGGAGAAAUGUUAUCAAUACUAUCCUAUGAGUGAAGAGGAUCCACCUCUUAUUGUCAACGAAACAGGAGCUCUAGGAGAAAACUUUAAGGCCCAGGUUCGAUUUGUGAAGAGAGAAGAUAACAUUGAGGGUACUGGUAUCGAGGUUCGUAAGCUCGCCAUGUCUGUGGAGAAUGAAGACGAAGAGAAAAUCAUCUGGCAUUUCUUCUACCCUCUCUGGCCUGACAUGGGUUCGUUGAACAGUCAAAAUGUUAAGAGUGUUCUGACAUUGAUGGAUCUUUCUCGAGCGAAGAAUGUAGAGGAAGAGAAUCCAAGAGUUGUACAUUGCAGUGCUGGUGUUGGAAGAACUGGUACUUUCGUGGCUUUGGAGUUUUUGAUGGGAGAACUUCAAGGUGGAGCUUGGGAAGGGUGGGAUCAGUCAGAAGAGAAAGGUAACGAUGCCAUCUUUGAGACGGUCGAUCAAUUGCGCCAACAAAGAAAGACUAUGGUACAAGCUGUGGAGCAAUAUAUUUUCUUGUAUGAAGUGUUGAGGAAACAGUGGGAAGAAAAGUAUAGGUUACCAUGUAUCGGUGGCGAACAUACUCACGAUUCUCCUCCUGAAGAGGGAAAAAAUCCUGUCUUCAGAGCCAUCCCAGGGACUAAAUAGCUUAACGAGGGAAGUCUAUUGGCAUUCGGUAGAUGGAGAGGGUUUGGAGAUGAAUUUGUGCUAUUUCUAGCUCUUUCUACUUGGUGUUGUGUUUGGAGACAAUUAGGGGGUGGUUAAUGGGAGGUAAGAAGAGAGAAUAUCCCUGUAAUAAGCUAGAACAAGACACCACUGAACCUAGAAUUGAACUUCUCUUUCUAUCGGUAUUACGUUUGUUUUCUACUUGUGGCGAGCGGGCAAAAGUAUGUCUUGUCGAAAGUCCAGCACUUCUUUAGGUCUUAGUGAAGCAAUAGUGAUGUGAGACAUGAUAGCGAGAUGGCAAAUUGUGAGAUGAAUUCUCGUUGAUACAGG